UUUAGAUAAACACGUUAUCUAGGGUUAAACAAAAUUUAGAGCUCAAAUGUGUAUAUGAGGUUGGAUAUUCUAAAGUUGAAGAAGGUAUCUGUUCUAAAAUGGAGGUGUCUGGUCGAAGGACAUCAAACGGCAGAAACUUGAGUUUAUCAAGAGGUUCAGCAGAUGACUUUGAGUUUUCAUGUCAACCAUGCGCAGGUGAAGGACACCAUGUUGAAGCAGCGGGAUUCUGUCAAAAUUGUCAGGAAUAUUUAUGCAUUACCUGUUACAAAUAUCAUUGUAAACCAACCCCGAGUAGACAUCAUGUUCUUCUGGAUAAACAUAACAUGCCGAAAGCUAGGACACCAGCGUCAGCUAAAUAUGGAUGUACUUUGACCUGUACGAAACAUGCCUCGGAAAUUGUAAAGUUUUUCUGCAAGCAGCAUGAUGCAGUUGGAUGCGGAGACUGUAUGAUUCUGGAUCAUAAAUCGUGUAAGAUCGAUUACAUUCCCGAUAUUUCUAAGGAUUUUAUAGAUGGCGAGGAAUAUGAACAACUCGUUACAAGGGCUAAGCAGCUUGAGAAAAAUGCUAAAUCACUGAAGAAAGAGAUUGAAGAAGAUGGUAAAGAAGUUUAUAGACUGUGUGCUAAAGCUGUAGGGGAUAUUCGAGCGUUUCGGAAACAAGUAGAUAAGUAUUUGGAAGAUAUGGAACAAAAACUACUGGAUCAAUGCGAAUCACAGAAAACGAAAGCUGACAAAUUAUUAAAGGCUGUUGAAAAUCAGUUACAACCGAUGAAACGCGAACUCGAAGACAUCCAUUCACAGCUUACUUCACAAGCGAAGCAUUCCGGGGAUUUAUUUGUGCAAGCGAAACAAAUAAGUUUUCGCCUGAAGAAGAUAGGAGAGGAACUGAAAUUUCUGUACGAAAUAAAUGAGCCCAGUAUGUAUACGUUUGAGAAAAGCAAUCAAAUCCUAGAAUAUUUUCAAACGAAAAAAGGUUCUCUCGGUGAUCUUCGACCAAAACAAAUAAGAAAUCGCCAGGUCAUGUCUCCAAGACGUCUCCAAGAUUUAACACCAACUGUUACUGGAGAAGUCAGCGCAAAAUCUUCUACUGAUGGAGAAUGUUGGAUCACAGGAAUGGUAGCUGUAGCUCCUGAUACACUUGUGUGCACUGAUUAUAACAAUUACUCGGUGAAACUGAUUGAUAUCAAAUCUGAUAAAAUUACUUCUGAGCUCAAACUUACAGAUAAACAUUGGGAUAUAACAUACGUUUCAGACGAUCAGCUAGCAGUUACUGUGACCGAUGGGAGAAAGAUAUGUCUCUUGUCCUUUAGAAGUGGUCUGUCAAAGAUUCGCGACCUUGCUGUAAAUGGAAAUUGUUAUGGGAUAGCUUUCAGCAAUGACAGGCUUGUUGUAUCUUAUAUCAGUCCUCCAAAAGUAGAGAUUCUGAGUCUGGAUGGGAAAGUUAUACAGAGGAUUGAUACUGACAGCAACGGGAAGGCUUUAUUUAGAAAUCCGUGUUACGUAGCUGUAGAUCGAGACGGGAACUGUAUUUAUGUUUCUGAUUACCUUACUAAUUCAGUGACUAAAGUCACUACAUCAGGAAAGGUACUUGAUAUAUACAAAGAUACAAACCUCUCAGACCCGCAAGGAAUUGCCGUUUACAGCGACGGGUCAGUGCUAGUUUGCAACCGUGGAAAAGACAAUUUACAUCUGCUGUCAUCAGAAAACAAGAAAAUAAAAACUGUACUGAACAAGAUAGAGCGUCCACAGGCCUUGUGUUUUAAUAGAGAAUCAGACUCACUUUUUCUGAGUACUUACAGAUCAAAAUGUAACACAAUUCUCAAGUACAAGCUUACUUAAUCAGCUUGCAUAGAAUGAUAAGUAUGAGCUGGAGUUGAAGAUAAAUCUUGAAAAGUUUUAAAUAUUUG